UCAACAGAUGCAGCAGCUCGCUCUCCUCAGACACUCCUUCAUCUGUCCUGAGAGAGCUUGACUCUGAGGAAUCAUCAUCAUCAUCAUCAUGUCUUCAAACUCGAACCUCACGAGCAUGAAACGGACUGUUGAGCAGCUCAAACUCGAAGCCAGCGUGGACAGAAUCAAAGUUUCUCAAGCCGCUGCAGAUCUACAGCAGUACUGCCUGCAGAACGCCAGUAAAGACGCGCUGCUGGUUGGUGUCCCGGCCGGGAGUAACCCGUUCAGAGAGCCGCGCUCAUGCGCCCUGCUCUAGAAUGAAGGAGAAAGGAGGAAGAUCAAUGGAACGCUGAUCUUUUACAUUAUGCAACAACAUGACAUGAAACUUCAUGAGAUAUAUUGUGCAAAUCUGAGAAUAUUGAUGCCUUAAAUUUAAUAUAUCUUUAAAUAUUCAGCUUUUUUGGUCGGAUGCUAAAGACUUAUUUGAAACUGAAGCAUUGGUUCUUAUGAAUGA